UCUUCUUCUUUCCUUCUCCGACCUGCUUCUUGACGGCCUUCUUGCCUGUGGAUUUCCCGACUGGAGGUUUUGGCGGCAUUUUGCUAUUGAUUUUGCAAAUUGACAAUAGCCGCUCAGAGGACGAAAUGGCUCGUACCAAGCAAACCGCCCGUAAAUCUACCGGAGGAAAGGCGCCCCGUAAGCAGCUCGCCACCAAGGCAGCACGUAAAAGUGCUCCCGCCACCGGUGGAGUGAAGAAGCCUCAUCGUUACAGGCCCGGUACCGUCGCUCUCCGAGAGAUCCGUCGCUACCAGAAGUCGACCGAGCUUCUGAUCCGCAAGCUGCCCUUCCAGCGUCUGGUCCGUGAGAUCGCUCAGGACUUCAAGACCGACCUGCGCUUCCAGAGCUCUGCCGUGAUGGCUCUUCAGGAGGCUAGCGAGGCUUACCUCGUUGGUCUGUUUGAGGACACCAACUUGUGCGCCAUCCACGCCAAGCGAGUCACCAUCAUGCCCAAGGACAUCCAGCUUGCCCGCCGCAUCCGUGGCGAGAGCGUAAACAGUUCCUCACAAGAACACAACAAAACGGCUCUUUUAGGAGCCACCACAUGCAAUAAAGUCAAUGGUCCAUGCUUCCCCGUGAUUAGAAUAUUCUUCCUCACGUUCAUAUUAUAAAAA